AUGAACAGAGGAAGAGGUGGAUUCAGAGGCGGCCGUGGAGGCAGAACAGGCCCUCCAAUUCAACAAGGACCUCCAGAUAGUGUUUUGGAAAUGGGUGCCUUCUUGCACUCUUGUGAAGGUGACAUAGUUUGUCGUUCCAUUAACACUAAGAUUCCUUAUUUCAAUGCUCCUAUCUAUUUAGAAAACAAGACACAAGUUGGUAAGGUGGAUGAGAUUUUAGGUCCUUUGAAUGAAGUUUUUUUCACCAUCAAGCCUUCUGAAGGAGUUGUUGCUACUUCCUUCCAAGAAGGUGACAAAUUCUUCAUUGGUCCUGAUAAGUUAUUGCCCAUGGAAAGAUUCUUACCAAAGCCCAAGGAAGUUGGUCCUAAACCUAAGAGAAAGUCUGCUGGUGCAGGUGGUGCCAGAGGUGGCCGUGGAGGAUUUGGUGGCCGUGGAGGUUUCGGUGGUCGUGGUGGAUCCAGAGGUGGCAGAGGUGGUUUUGGAGACCGUGGUGGAAGAGGUGGUAGUUUCGGUGGUAGAGGUGGUAGAGGUGGAAGUUUCGGUGGUAGAGGUGGCUUUGGAGACCGUGGCGGAAGAGGUGGUUUCGGUGGCCGUGGUGGAUCUAGAGGUGGAUCUAGAGGGGGUAGAUUCUAA